AUGUUCAUCAGUGCAUUGCUAGAAGAACCAUUGAAGGGUGAAAUCAUUACACUUAUGCACGAUUUCAGAGACUAUUUCACAUGGCAUUACCAUAAAAUGCUUGGACUAGAUAGGGGAUUGGUGGAGCACCAAUUGCCGAUAAAGGAAGGAUACCUACUAGUCAAGCAUGCCAGAAGAAGGAUGUUCAUGGAGACAGAAUUGAAGGUUAAAGAAGAAAUAGAAAGACUGGUUAAAGCAGGCUUUAUCAGACCAGCCAUUUAUAUUGAUUGGUUCUCCAACGUUGUACCAGUUCUUAAAAGAAAGACAGGAGUAGUCAGGGUCUACGUGGACUAUGGGAACCUAAAUGAGGCAUCUCCCAAAGAUGAAUACCCCAUGCCAAUGGCAAAUAUGCUAGUAGAUGGAGCCACUCAUAACCAAAUGCUAUCAUUCAUGGAUAGCAAUGCCGGCUACAAUCAAAUAAUGGUGGCAAAAGAGGACAUCCACAAAACUACUUUCAUGUGUCUAGGACAUGUAGGCGCAUUUGAAUACGUUGUAAUGUCUUUUGGCUUGAGAAAUGUUGGGGCUACCUAUCAAAGAGCGAUGAAUUUUGUGUUCCAUGACAUGAUAGGCCAUUCCCUAGAUGUAUACAUAGUUGAUGUGGUGAUUAAGUCUUUAGAAAAGGGAAAUCAAGUGUCUAAUUUGAAGGCAUCUUUCCUAAGAAUGAGACAACACAAGUUGAAGAUGAACCCCAAGAAGUGCGGUAUAGAGAUUGACAAGAACAAAGCGAAAUAUAUUAUAGAAGCAUUGCCACCUGGGAACAAGAAAGAACUACAAAGUCUCUUUGCGAAUAUCAACUUUCUCAGAAGGUUCAUAUCCAAUUAUGCUAAGAAAAUCCAGCCAUUUAGGUGGGAAGAACAGCACCAACAAGGUUUUGAGGAAAUCAAACAUUACCUCUCUAGUCCCCCAGUUCUGUCUUCACCUAGGAGGGGCAAACCACUCAAAUUAUAUGUCUCUGCAUCGGAAGUAUCUAUUGGGAGCCUUUUGGUUCAAGACAACAAGAAAGGGAAGGAGCAUGCAGUCUACUACCUUAGCAGAACUCUGACAGAAGUGGAAAGAAAGUACUCUACGAUUGAAAGAUAUGUCCCUCAGAAGGCUAUCAAAGGGCAAGCUGUUGUAGAUUUCUUGGCAGAUCAUCCAAGAGAUGAAAUUGAGAACAUGAAUUUCAUGGAUAUAGCCAAUGCAUAUAUACUAAACAGAGUUCACAUCUGUCUCAAUAAUCCCAUAUACUCAGUCCAUCUCACCCCUUGGAAGUUGUAUUUUGAUGGAUCUAAAACCGACAUGGCCUCUGGAGCAGGAAUUGUUUUAGAAGAUCCAUUGGGGAUUAGACAUUGUUCUUCAUUCCAGCUAGAUUUUCAAUGCACUGACAACAUAGCAGAGUACGAAGCCUUGAUUAUCUGUCUCGAGAGCUAG